CUAACUCUUGCGGCCGUCACCUUGGCCCCGUCCUGUCACAUUCAUUGUACCACAGUACUCAACAGGCCCUUGCUGAUCAACUGGGGUCCAAGUAAAAGUGGCCUCACUCUUCCAAUAUCCUCCAGUCUCCAGAGUCACCCCACUGCCGCCACACCAGGGGGUCAUGCUGCUCAAAGCCGCUCCCGCCCUGGGCCACCAGGACGACUUUGUUCUUCGCAACCACAAUGGGUUGGGAGUCACUGCUGACGGCCCGCGCGAAGCCAGGAUGGAUGAGCAACAAGCUAGCGUCGACUCACGCAUUCCUAGUCAUCCUCUGGGAGUCAAGCCGUUAGGCAACCAGUACCUAUCGUCCGCAGCCAGCGCGCGAGGCUCCUUGGGCAGCUUCCACGUCCUGCCGGACGAGGUGUUGGCCCAGCUGUUUGAGUAUUUUGGGCACGACUCUUUGCGCAAACUGGGUUACACCUGCAGAUUCCUCUUUGCAUUCUGUCAUGCUGACGACCUCUGGAAGGCUUUGUUCCUGGAGUCUCAUGAAGAGAAAAAGCGCCCCUUCCAGUGGAAGGGAACAUGGAGAUCAACCCUGCUUGAGUUGUCACCAGAGCACGAGGCCAAAAUUGAUUGCCACAAUGUCUUCUCCGAUGUUCUUCAUCGGCCAUUUGUCUGCAGCAAUGUGCCUCUGGGCCGGUUCUGUUCCAAAAUCCCCGGCACGAAUGAGAUCAAGCGUCUCACAAACAUGACAUACGACGAAUUUGCAGACAAUUGGAGCGACAGACCCUUCAUUCUGACAGACUGUAUCCGUUCCUGGCCAGCCUGCAAGGAGUGGGAUAUCCACCAGCUGUUGAAGGAGUACGCGGACGUGGAGUUCCGUGCCGAGGCGGUGGACUGGCCCUUCUCGACAUAUUGCCAGUACAUGGGGAGCAACCAAGACGAAAGCCCUCUGUAUCUGUUCGACAAGAAGUUUGCCGAGAAGAUGGGUAUCACAAUCGGGAAGACCGGAGAGGCGGCGUAUUGGAAACCGGACUGUUUUGGACCGGAUCUCUUCGAAGUGUUGGACUCAGAGAGACCAGCGCACAGGUGGUUGAUUGUAGGGCCAGCCAGAUCCGGGUCGACAUUUCACAAGGAUCCCAAUGGGACGUCGGCGUGGAAUGCUGUCCUUCAAGGGGCCAAAUACUGGAUCAUGUUUCCGCCGUCGGUAGAGGUUCCGGGGGUCUUUGUCUCGGCCGACCAGAGCGAGGUCACAAGCCCUCUGAGCAUAGCGGAAUGGCUUCUAGAGUUCCAUGAGGAGGCCCGAAGCUUGCCGGAAUGCGUAGAAGGCAUAUGCAGGGAAGGCGAGAUUCUUCACGUGCCAAGUGGGUGGUGGCAUCUGGUCGUCAACCUCGAGAGCGGAAUAGCGCUCACACAGAACUUUGUGCCCAAAUCACACCUCGCCGUCGUCCUCGAAUUUCUGAGGGACAAGCCGGACCAGGUGACGGGGUUCAAGAGGGAUGUCGACGAUCCCUAUGGCCUGUUUGUGGACCGUCUCAGGGCACAAUUUCCGGAGCUCUUGGAUGCAGCCCUUAUCGAGAUGGACCAAAGGCAUAGCAAGAAGAAGAGGAAGUGGGACGAGGCUAUCGCCGUCGAAGAGACGGAGCAACCCUCGGAGGGUGGAGGGUUCAGCUUCGGGUUUGGAUUUGGCGGGGAUGACGAAGAGAUACCAUGAGCCAGACCAGGCAGACAUUCUCUGCCGAUGUGUGAAAGGUAAAGAGACUAAUGCUGUGCGAUAUGUUGUCCUCUCUCUCAAUGCCCAUUGCGGCCUCACGACAGAGAAUUGGACGCUUGUGGGCAGCACAGGAAUGUGUGUCCGUGAAGGACCCUAGUAGACCUAGUUCGUAAGCUGCCAGAUAGCCACGAGCGAGUAGUCUACCUAGGUAGGCUAGAUAUUACUAGGCUCUAUAUAUCCUUAGCUAGAUGUACAAAAAUAACCUCUACCUAUAUCUCUUAUGUAGAUAUUAUAUAU